GAUUGACCCCCCUGCAUAGAUUUGCAUCAUCCGAGUUUUAAAAUCUAACGAGCCGUCCGUCAAUCAAUCCUGGUUUUAUAAAACCGGUCGCACCGGUUAGACUUCUGGUUUAACCCAACCCAACGCGUUUGAAACUUUUUGGUUUCAUGGAUUUUCAAUUUGUUCUUGUUAUAUUGCGGAUCAUCGUGCGCCCAACGGAAAUUUUCCUCCCCGUCAUCGUCGCCGUUCCUUGCAGUGAUUUCUCUCCGGCUACCGUUUUCCUCGUUCAGCGAAUGUGUGUUCUUCUUCGCGGCUAGACGCAGGUUUUACUAUGAAUUUUGGGUCCGCAAUGAUUUGUAGCCUGAAAGUGCAGUAAAGGAUUGGAGAAUUUUCAUCAAGGUCUAAUAAACAUUUUCGUUAUGUGGACUAAUGUUUUCAGAAUUGGUGGUCUUCAUAAUGUAUCAUGGUUUCAGUUUCUCCCAAGUGAAUCCGAGCUGCCAUCUCCUGAUAGAAGUUCUAGAGCUGAACAGAAUGAUGUUGCAAUAUAUCUUGUGCUCUCAUCUUAUCUACGGUUGCAGAAGGAAGGCUUUCUCAGCACAUGGACAAAUUCUUUUGUUGGACCCUGGGAUCCAUCUCAAGGUCUACACAACCCUGAUGAAAAGAUCAAGCUUUGGCUCUUUAUCCCUGGGCGGCAUGCAUCUGUUACUGAAAAUGCUCAGUCCGCAAUCUCAAAACUUAGAGUUGUUGCGUCAGGAUUUUGGGUGGCUCCUGGGGAUUCCGAAGAGGUUUCUGUUGCCCUUUCUCAGGCAUUGCGUAAUUGCAUUGAAAGAGCAAUACUUGGACUUUCCUACAUGAGGUUUGGAGAUGUAUUUUCCAAAUUCAGCCCUUCUCAAAGCAAAGAAUAUUUCAGGAGGGGGCAACCUACAGUUGAAUUUGUCUUUGCUACAACGGAAGAGGCAAUUUUUGUCCAUGCCAUUAUAACUGCCAAGAACGUUCGGACACUUUCAAGUGGAGAUUCUGAAAGAAUAUUACGGAGUUCGUUGAAAAAUUCCGGAUACAAGCUUCCGGGGAGUAAGGGCAAUCAGAAGGUGUUACCAGACCGCUUUUCAGCAUAUGAGAAAAGGUUCAUAUAUCCAGCCGAGGCAGUGCUUGUACCAGUCUUGCAGUCAACAUUUCCUAGAUUUUCCUUGAAAAGAUUUUGGCUUCAAAACUGGAUAGGACCGUCGUUAGCAGGCUCAUCAUUAUUUAUGCACUGGGCUGGUGAUUUUGAUUUCCUUGGGGUGUCUGGAAAUAAAAGUGGUGGCUUCUACAUGCCAAAUGGUUAUAGUAGCAGUGGCAGCAGCAAUUGUAGCAGCAUUAGUUCGACAAGUAGCACUUCUAGUGAGAGUGAUGGCAAGAUAACCUCAAGAACUGGUGAACUUGUGGCAGAUGCAGAUUCUGGGAUAUGUAGGCAAUCAGGUCUAUCUUCUAAUGAUCAGCUGGACUACGAUGGUCAGAAAAUGGGUUCUAAGCGGCCCCGAACAGGGAUGGAAGAGUCAUUCGGUCAAGUAGGCAUGGCAAACGAUCAAGUUGGUUGGGACUGGGAUAAUGAUGAUAGAGGAGCUGGCAUGGAUAUCCAAGCUCUUCUAUCUGAGUUUGGAGACUUUGGUGACUUCUUUGAAAAUGAUGCUUUGCCUUUUGGGGAGCCUCCAGGGACAGCAGAGUCACAAGCACUAAUGCUUCCUCCAGAUUGCGCAGAUGUAGAUUCUAGUCCUGUGGGUAUGAUGGAUGUAUCGGACCAGAUGCUUUUGCCUGUAGGCUUCCCAUCCUUUGAGAGCUUUAAUCCUGUCCCCCCUGUCAUGGAUGAGUGUCUUGACAAAAGUCAAGAAGUCCUCGCAAACAGUGUCGUGUCUGCUCCUUUAAGCCAAUUGCCAGCCUCUUAUACUGGCGAGUUUGAUCAUUUGAUGAAAGAAGAGGCUAUGAUGACCUUUGCUCCAGAGUAUGGGGCUGUAGAAACUCCCACGAGUGAGAUAUCUUACACCUCUUUCAAAGGCUCCUAUCUUCCUCAAUCUCGUAAAGUGGAACGCUCAAAUCCAAGGACAAAUGACCAUGUAUAUGAUGCUACUCCACCUUCCAUUGCUACUGAUGGAUCAGAGGAUAAGGUGAUGCUUGGAUCAAAAGCAUUAAUUGGUAAAUACGAUGGACCAAGGAAGUACUACACUCAGGUAGAGGGAAGCAAGGAGCAAAAUGAUAAGCGGACUACUACAAACAGUGAUGCCAGUAGAAAGGAGGGUGUUUCCCAAUCUCAGUUCUCAAAUUAUAGUUCUGCUGGUUCUAUCAAAACUGUACCGGGGAAAAGGACAGAUCGCACAUCUGCUGCAAGUAGUAUUUUGUUGUCUUCAAAGACCUUGCUGGCAACUGGUAUUGAAAGCAUUAUGUACCAAGCUUUCAUGUGUAGAAUGCGGCACGCGGUCAUUUCUCCAAAUCACAGUUCACCUUUUAGUUUGACCAGGUUUAAUGCAAAUUCUUUUCUUACCCAGAUGCCCACUGAGCCUAGUACUCUGUCAGACAACACAUCUAUUAUGAUAGAGAUGAAGAAGAAAGACAUACCUACCAGAAUAGCUGGCGAUCUUGAUGGAGGAAUGCUAGAUAGUCACAUGAGUGCACCAGUUGGUGUGUGGCGUACUGUGGGGGCCCCAAAUGCAGCAAAACCUGCUGAUUCACCAAAUGUUGAAGCAGGCUCAUCAUUGCCCCAUAGUUCUUUUAACGAAGAUAACUUACUUUCUUAUGGUCAAAGGCAGCCUCUUCAGGAACUCCUUGACGGUAUAGCGUUACUUGUACAGCAAACUACUUCGUUUGUUGAUUUAGCACUGGAUUCAGACUGUGGUAAUGGACCUUACGGCUGGCUUGCACUAAACGAAAUGUGGAGACGUGAACUUUCUUGUGGCCCAUCAAGUAUCCAUGCAGGUUGUGGGGGGACUCUGGCCUCUUGCCAUUCUCUGGACAUUGCUGGUGUCAAGCUAGUAGAUCCGCUUUCAGUUGAGAUUCUUCCUUCAUCUGUAAUCAAUCUGCUGCAAUCUGAUAUUAAAACAGCUCUUAAAACUGCGUUUAGCCAGUUGGAUGGCCCAUUAACUGUCACAGAUUGGUGCAAAGGCCGCAAUCCAUCAGGGGAUGGAGGUGCCAUUCCUGAAGGAUCUACUGCUGAGUCAGCAGUUAGUGAGGUUUCUAAUGCUUUAGAUGGCGGAAAAUUAGAUGACACAGCUCAGAGCCAAGAUGUCUACAGCUCAGAAUUACUCAGACCGACACUUUUUGUUCUUCCUUCACCUUCUAUACUUGUUGGAUACCAGGAUGACUGGCUUAAAACGUCACCAAAUUCCUUGCCUCAGUGGGAAAAGGCCCCUUUUGAGCCCUACGCUCUGCCAAAAAAUGUUAGUUAUACCGUAGUAUGCCCAGACAUUGAUCCUCUAAUCUUUGCUGCCGCUGAUUUCUUCCAGCAACUUGGUACUGUUUAUGAGACGUGCAGGCUGGGAACCCACUUGCCCCACAGUGUUGGAAAUCAAAUGGAAAUAGACUCUGGGAAGUUGUCGGCAUCCGGUUUUGUUCUGCUUGAUUGCCCUCAGUCGAUGAAGAUUGAAAGCAAUAAUACGUCACUUCUUGGAUCGCUAAGUGAUUAUUUUCUGUCUUUGUCAAAUGGGUGGAAUGUAACAAGCUAUCUGAAAUCUUUAUCAAAAGCACUAAAGGGACUUAAGCUUGGAUCUUGCCUACACAUGAACCAAAAGGAAGGAACUGGGAGUUCUUGUAUGGUUGUGUACAUUGUGUGUCCAUUUCCUGACCCUUCAGCUAUCCUAAAGACAGUAAUUGAAUCAUCUGUUGCACUUGGAUCAGUAAUUUUACAGUCAGAUAGAGACAGGAGAUCGAUACUUCAUAGUCAGGUUGCAAGGGUGUUGAGUAGUUCUGCUGCUGCAGAUGAAGCUGCAAUAUCUCAAAUCCCAGUGCUUUCGGGGUUUAGUAUUCCUAAACUUGUCCUGCAGGUGGUGACUGUCGAUUCUGUUUUCCGGAUAACAAGUCCAACUUUUAAUGAGCUUGUCAUUCUUAAGGACACUGCUUUUUCUGUAUACAAUAAGGCACGUAGGAUUGCACGAGGAUCGCCUAAUGAUGCAUUGAUGUCAUCAAAUUUGCCAAGCAGAUCCCCGCCAGUCUUGACACCGAUGAGUUCUAUUCCAGGAAUAUGGAAGGACUGUGUUGGUUCUCGAAUGACAGGAUCUUCACUAGCGAGAGAGAGCGAAAUUGAUGCUACCUUGAGGACCAGUGCUUGGGAUAAUUCCUGGCAAACAGCAAGAUCUGGAGCAUUAAGCUGCGAUCCAAGCAGAAAUGGGGAUUUCUACCUUAGUGACGAAGUUUGCUAUUUGUUUGAACCGCUUUUUAUUCUUUCCGAACCUGGCUCUGUAGAGCAUGGAAUUUCACCUAAUUUUGGGGGUAUGGUGUCAGAAGCUUCAAAGCCAGUGCCUGAGGAUGGUAACAGAGGUUACGGACAAAGUGGGAGUUCAAUGGAAGGUAUAAAUUCAGGUUCUGGUUCUCAGGUUGAUACAUCCCAGCUUGAUGAAAAGGCUCCUCCAAGCCUGCAUUGUUGUUACGAUUGGACAGAGGACUGGAGGUGGCUUAUAAGCAUCUGGACUGAUUCUAGAGGUGAAUUGCUCGACAGCCAUAUAUUUCCUUUCGGCAGAAUCAGUAGUAGACAGGAUACAAAAGGGCUGCAAUGUCUUUUUGUGCAAGUUCUGCAGCAUGGAUGUCAGAUACUGCAGGCGUGCUCUUCUCCUGAUACCGGAUCUUUCAAGCUCAGAGAUUUUGUGAUUACUCGCAUUGGGAAUUUCUUUGAGCUUGAAUAUCAAGAGUGGCAGAAAGCAAUUUUCUUAGCUGGGGGCCCCGAUAUUAAGAAGUGGCCUAUUCAGCUUCGACAAUCUGUGCAUACAGGCAUAGCAGCCAAUAGCAACGGAACUUCCUUGCAACAGCAGGAUCUGAGUUUGAUUCAAGAUAGGUCCCUGCCCUCAUCAACUAGCAAUCUUUACACCUCUCAUGCAAAGCCGUCUACCUUUGUAAAAGGUGGUAUUGGACAAACUGCUGGAAGAAAGCAGAUCAUGGGUACUCAACCUGUUGCUGACAUCCCGAGGGGAUUGCUUCAGUGGGUUCGUAGCAUCAGUUUUGCCUCUGUUUCCCUUGAUCAUUCUUUACAUUUUGUUUACCCUGUGGAGUCAGUAUCUCCUGGUGGUGGCCAGAGUGGUAACAGUUUGGGUUCGUUAGGUUAUCUCGAGGGUUUCACCCCUGUCAGAUCUCUUGGGUCUACGCCUGUCUCUUACAUGCUAAUACCAUCGCCGAACAUGCGCUUUUUACACCCAAGUCCGCUUCAACUUCCGACUUGUUUAACUGCCCAGUCUCCUCCACUUGCUCACCUCCUUCAUAGCAAGGGCAGUGCAACCCCAAUAUCUACCGGUUUUGUUGUUUCUAAAGCGGUGCCUUCUUUGAAAAAGGACUCAAGGAUGAACAUGAAAGAAGAAUGGCCCUCAGUGCUCUCUGUCAGUCUCAUUGACUAUCAUGGUGGCUACAGUCUCGCUCAUGACAAAAUUCUCCAAGGGAUUAUGAAGCAGGGCAGCGGGACCAAAGAAACAAGAGAUUUCGAGAUUGAAAGCCAUCUAAUCCUUGAGUCUGUCGCAGCCGAACUCCAUGCUCUGUCAUGGAUGACAGUUAGUCCUGCAUAUCUGGACCGGCGAACAGCAUUGCCUUUUCACUGUGAUGCGGUUCUGAGACUCAGACGUCUGCUUCAUUUUGCGGACAAAGAACUCUCAAGGCAACCGGAUAAGUCGCAAGUUUGAAACAAGGAGAAAGCAGCAAGAAAUAUCUAAUUGCACGUAAAGUUCGAGCUAAGUAGCUUCUCUACAAUGAUUUGACUAGUGAUGUACCAAAGUUAUAGCCUAGUAGGAAGAAAUGGUUUAGAGAGCUAUUGGUGUUUAUGAAAUCUGUAAAAAAAAACGUUUAGCUUUUAGGACUCUGUUCUGAUUAUCUGGUCUGCAAAAUUAGUUGCAACAGUCCUAGGGUGUGUGUUUUUUUCCACCUUUUGUCUUUGUAAUUUAGCUUUUAUGUAUCAUUCGUCCGGAAAGAUAACCACAAAACCUCAAUCUAUCACUUGUUUUUGUAAAUUUGAUUUCACUUCUCUUUGUCUUGUUGAACUCUUAUCAGCAGGCGAUUUUGUAGCUCUUUCCAGAACCUUGCAGCAGACUCCUCUAUAUUAAAAGGAGUCGCCGAAGUCUCUUUCUUAGGUGGCAAGUUUUCUCAACAAUGGUUUAAAGUGUCGUAGCCCGAGAGGGAAGCUUAGAGGCUUUAUAUUCACUUUGAAGGUUGGUUUCGGUCAUAAUUUGUCUUUCUCGAUCUAUGGUUCACAGGUCACGGAGUUGAUUGAGAAACUUUUGGAAAGGAGGAAGAAAGCGAAAGAUAAAAGGAGGAUUCACUUUUUUAAUACGGCGUUGGUUAUCUCUCCAGCUCAAGGUAUGGAUCCAUUCUGCUGCUUCCCACUUUGCUUUUCUGAAUUUCACAUGCAUGGAACAUUCAUGUCUGAUUUGUCCAACACACUCACCAAUAUGACCCUUUAUUUUAUUUUAUAUGAAAUUUGAGUAGGCAGACUAGAAAGAAUGAGAAAUGGUAACCUUAGUAGUAGGUGGUUUGUUUCCAAUGUUUACGAUCCAUACGUUAUAUGAGGCAUGGCACUCCUCAUCCACAGUUGAAAGAGUGACGGUAGCUUGACGUUUUCCCUGUCAUGUUGUUGGUACUUUCCUUCAAUCACUUCCUCUUGUCAUGGCCUCAAUUUCCAACAUCGUUAGUCUGUAAGAAUAGGUAACUUUUUAUAAUUUGAAGAUCAUUAACAGAUAAAUCUCCAAUGGGGUGUCAUAGAUUGCAGUUGAUGGUCUUGUGGAAACAUAGACCUUGAUGAUAUCGCUAUAUAUGAUUUUAAUUUACUGCAAUGAAGAUUCUAACAUCUGCUCUCUUCUCUCUUUUUUUUUUUUCCCUCAGAGAUCUUUGAGCCAUCCAAGGAUUAUUUCCUGUGGUCACCUUUUUAGAUCCUUUAUUUGACAGUCACAUGGAAAAUUCCAUGGUGGUGGUGAUGAUGAUGAUGAUGAUGCCCACAUAUUCCCCACACUACCUUCCAAAGUUUCACAGCUCAUUUACAUCUUUUGAUAUCACCGACUUCUUUCUUUGCAAUUCCUACACCACCCAAUUUCAUUCAAAAAAUAAUAAUUCCUUUUCCUUUCGUCUCCUCCUAGAUUGGACGAGUGAAAUUCAUGCUCAGGAUUUUAAAAUCUAGGAGCCUGGUUGGUCUUGGUCGAAAUUUUGAACCAAGAAACUCGGCCCUGAACAAUGAGUUAAAAUACAAUCGAGUUAAUAUAAUGAAACCUCGAAAUCCCUUUUUUUUUUUUGGGGUAAUUUGGCAUUGCUCUUGCGAAUCAAUCAAAAACUAGUAAUCAUAAAUUGCUCACAAGAAGAAUGGAAGGUCGACACAAUAUAUGUGACUCGUGGAGUAAAAAAAAGCCGACAUAUGAUACACAUAUACACGCGCACAUACAUCCAUACAUACAGAAACCAAUGGAAAGGUGACUCUCAACAACACAAACAACAUAACAAAAACAAUAGAAAUCAAAUAAGGAAUGUAAAUUCCCCUGCACAAACACAAAGAAGCUAAAAACUCUUUAAGAGAGAGAGAGUCUCAUCAGAA